AUGUCCACCAAAACCAACUCCGUUGACACUAAUUUCACAGUGGAAUGGAAUGCAUCCAAAGACCAAGCGCUAUGGGAUAUCCUUUCUCGACCAUCUAAAGGCGACAUAGACUGGAAAGCUCUGGCGGGGAACUUCGACGUCACCUUGCAGUUCCUUCUCCAGCAGGCGGCAUGGCUCUAUGAUCGCCAACUGUCGCAGGUUAGGGCUCAAAUGCGCAAGGUUGGCACUACGCAAUCGGCCUCUCCUUCCCCGGCUCUGGGAUCUGUCUCUGGCAGUACAGCCUUGUCACAAAGAGAAACACCAGUACCAGGUUCUCGGGCGCCAUCACGGCAAGUAUCUCAUCAGAAAGAUAUCCCUCUACGAGGUAUGAUCCAAACCCCCACCCGUCUUUGUACGGGACAAUUGAGACCGCCGAUGGAUCGAUGGGGGUUGACAUUGACUGCAGCGCCUGACAACCGACGUACGAGCUUUACAUCAACUACGGCUACUAACCAAAUUCGCGGAUCGCGGGACCCUACACGCACUGCCACGCCGACAAUCGACGACAAAGAACCACGCUGGGAUUCUUUUGGUCGUCGGCCUUCGACUGUCAGACGGGAACAGCCCCCCGUUGCGGCUUUGCCCCGGUCCCCACCACUCGAAGAAGAGUCUCUCUCGAGCUCGUCGGAAGAUUCAGAAUCCGACGAUGAGGACACAACUAGGCGUGCACCCCUGUUCAAACGGUUUGGCAAAUUUUCUAUCCACCGCUCUGGUCUCCGGGAUGACGAGGAUGACGAAGAAGACACCCCGGCGUUCCUCCCCAUGGCCCGAGAACACCAACACACCCUUCUGGAGCGGCCGGCCCAGGAACUCAGCGCUACCCUCCGUUUAGAUGCCGAGCGAGCCGCGGCGCAACGGCGACAUCUCGAGCAGCGAUCUGGUUCCAGGGUACUGGUAGCUACGGAGUCAUCCACCAGCUCUAUGAGCUCCGGCGGGCGUAGCAGUCUGCCCGGUGGAUCCAGACGGACCAGCCAGGGGGCAUCGAUCCUGAGCAGCCAGCGCGCCGCCGAGCGCCAAAAUUCUCGCAAGUCCACCGCCUCCGGUCGCGAAGCUAGCGACGGUACCCCCAGCAUGGGGAGCAGCUUCAGUGACCUCGACGGUAUGUGCCCCAACCCCGAGGAUUCUGGAUUUCAACUGAUCGACUGGCCAGAUGCAAGCGUUACCCAAUCAGCCCUGGAGGAGGCUCUUCUAAGCAACAUGCAGCAUGGUGGAAUGGCGAGUCGGAUGAGUACCAUCAGCCAAGCCUUGCGCAGUCGGUAUCUGCAGUGA